AAGGGCUUGUCUGAAUCUACUAUUAUUUGCGUCUGUUUUUUCCUUCUCCAGGUAAAUUAUUUCAUCAAAGAAAGCCCUCUCAGAUUCACUGUUUAAGAUUAAAGUUCUCGGCUUCACUUGGUGCCAAAAAGAGUAGGAAAGAAUAAAAAAAAAUCAAGUUAUAAGAUGCAGAGCCUGUCGAGUAAAAAUAAACACCAUGAUCAUUCCAUGGGUCAUUCAUAUGCAAGCUCGUAUGGUGGCCAUUUGUCUCUUUGGUUCCCCGCCAAACAGAAACAACUUUCUCGACCAAACGGUGUUGCCGCUAAGCUUGACUCAAAAUCUGAAUACAAUCGCCAUGCAAAGUAUUUAUUGGAGUCUGGUUAUCAAGAAAAGGAUCAGUGCUCGCCUAUGUCAACUGGACAGUCUAAUUUUGAAGCCGCCCCUUGUGUAAAAAACAGCUUUCAUGAGCAAAAUGUCUUGUUUCAACCAGGUUUCCUCGAAACUUGUAAGAAGAAAGCAGAUCUGCCAAAUAGUGGAACAGAUUACCUUGGCCAUCAAGUUCAAAUGGAGCAUCAUAAUGAGUCACUGGAUUCUGCAUCUUACCCUUUUGGUGAAUCGUAUUUCGGAAAAAUAGCGACUGUGUACGACCCAAAUCCUGUUGUUUACCCUCAAGUGAUGGAAAUUGCAUCAGCAAGAGCUGUGCUUCCUCUCGAAUGUACAGAAAGCAUGGUUCCAAUUUACGUCAAUGCAAAACAGUACCACGCCAUCCUCAGGCGCCGAAAAAUCCGAGCAAGACUCGAGGCUCAGAAUAAGAUAACUAAAUCUAGAAAGGAGAAAUCGAAACCCCCGGGCCAAGAAUCCUGCAAGAAGUCUGAGAACAACAGCAGCUGGGGGGCCUCCACCCCCUCUGCCUCGUCCGAUGUCUCGUGCAUCUUCAAUAACAGCGACGACAUUUUCCCGCCGCCCGACCUCGGAAUCUCGAUCGACUCCGCUGAGAGAUAUAUGCGGAUUGGGACCCGUGCCUGA